GCUGGGUUUGGACAGGCAUGUAGGUUGAUGAGUAACUGAAGGUCUUACAGGAUAAAAAGAUGGGGUUAGGAACAGGAAAUGAUAAGUACAAGUUGGCCGCAACUUCAGAAGAUGGGGACAAAAAGAAGAAAAAGAGGAAGGACAUGGAUGAACUCAAGAAAGAAGUGGAUCUGGAUGAUCACAAGUUAUCCUUAGAUGAGUUGCAUCGCAAAUAUGGAACUGACCUUAACAAAGGCUUGUCUAGUUCCCGUGCAAAGGAGAUUCUUGAACGUGAUGGCCUCAAUGCACUGACACCCCCUCCAACCACACCAGAAUGGGUCAAGUUCUGUAAACAACUCUUUGGUGGAUUCUGUACACUACUGUGGAUUGGAUCUUUCCUUUGUUUCCUGGCUUUCGCAAUCCAGUUUACUACAGAGACUGAACCAGAAAGUGAUAAUUUGUACCUGGGUGUUGUUCUUGCUGCUGUGGUGGUGAUUACUGGUUGCUUCUCAUACUAUCAAGAGGCUAAAAGCUCAAGGAUCAUGGACUCCUUCAAGAACCUUGUUCCACAUCAAGCUCUGGUUAUUCGAGAUGGUGAGAAAAGGAACAUUAAUGCUGAGGAAGUUGUCAUUGGUGACCUUACAGAGAUUAAGGCGGGUGACAGAAUUCCAGCUGACCUGCGUAUCAUCUCUGCACAUGGAUGCAAGGUGGACAACUCUUCUCUGACUGGUGAAUCUGAGCCACAAACCCGUACUCCUGACUUCUCUAAUGAAAAUCCUCUAGAAACAAGGAAUAUUGUGUUCUUUUCCACAAACUGCCUAGAAGGUACUGCCAGAGGUAUUGUUAUCAACACUGGUGAUCGCACUGUGAUGGGUCGUAUUGCUAUACUAGCCUCAAGCCUUGAGGGUGGACAGACCCCCAUUGCCAUAGAGAUUGAGCACUUCAUCCAUAUUAUCACUGGUGUAGCUAUUUUCCUGGGAGUGUCCUUCUUCAUUCUGUCCCUCAUCCUUGGAUAUGGCUGGCUGGAAGCUGUCAUUUUCCUUAUUGGAAUCAUUGUUGCUAAUGUGCCUGAAGGUCUACUCGCCACAGUCACUGUGUGUCUGACUCUGACUGCCAAACGAAUGGCCAAGAAGAACUGUCUGGUGAAGAAUCUUGAAGCUGUAGAGACACUUGGCUCCACCUCCACUAUUUGCUCUGAUAAGACUGGAACCCUGACCCAGAACCGUAUGACUGUAGCUCACAUGUGGUUUGACAACCAGAUUCAUGAAGCUGACACGACAGAAAACCAGAGUGGAACCUCUUUUGACAGAAGCUCUCCUACAUGGUCAGCACUUGCUCAUGUGGCAGGCCUGUGCAACCGUGCUGUCUUCCUUGGCGAUCAGAGCAAAGUUCCCAUCCUCAAGAGGGAUACAGCUGGUGAUGCAUCUGAAUCUGCCCUGCUGAAGUGUAUUGAACUCUGCUGUGGUUCAGUCAAGGAGAUGAGAGACAAGUACCCAAAGCUUGCUGAGAUCCCCUUCAACUCCACCAACAAAUACCAGCUCUCAAUCCACAAGAACCCUAACCCCUCAGAGACUGAGCACUUAUUAGUAAUAAAGGGAGCUCCUGAGAGGAUCCUGGACCGGUGCUCAACAAUUUUGAUUCAAGGAAAAGAACAUCCCUUGGAUGACGAAAUGAAGGACUCUUUCCAGCAUGCUUAUGUGAAACUUGGUGGACUUGGAGAAAGAGUGUUGGGUUUCGGCCAUUACAGUCUGCCUGAUGAUCAGUUCCCUGAGGGUUUUGCAUUUGAUACAGAGGACGUGAAUUUUCCCACUGACAACCUGUGCUUUGUUGGCCUCAUGUCCAUGAUUGAUCCUCCUCGUGCUGCCGUACCAGAUGCUGUUGCUAAGUGCAGGAGUGCUGGAAUCAAGGUUAUCAUGGUCACUGGUGACCACCCAAUCACAGCACAGGCCAUUGCUAAGGGUGUGGGUAUCAUCUCUGAGGGCAAUGAAACUGUAGAAGACAUUGCUGUUCGUUUGAACAUCCCUGUUGGAGAUGUUGACCCCAGACAAGCAAAGGCCUGCGUGGUCCAUGGUGCAGAGCUGAAAGAAAUGAGCCCAGAGCAAUUGGAUGAUGUCCUGAGAUACCAUACUGAGAUUGUGUUUGCAAGAACUUCUCCACAGCAAAAACUCAUCAUCGUGGAAGGUUGCCAGCGACAGGGUGCCAUUGUGGCUGUGACUGGUGAUGGUGUGAAUGAUUCUCCUGCUCUGAAAAAGGCUGACAUUGGUGUAGCUAUGGGUAUUGCUGGAUCUGAUGUUUCUAAACAGGCUGCAGACAUGAUCCUUCUGGAUGACAACUUUGCCUCAAUUGUUACUGGAGUAGAAGAAGGUCGCCUCAUCUUUGACAACCUCAAAAAAUCAAUUGCUUACACCUUGACAAGUAACAUACCUGAGAUCUCCCCUUUUCUGCUCUUCAUCAUUGCUGGCAUUCCUCUCCCUCUUGGCACUGUGACUAUACUUUGUAUUGACCUAGGAACUGACAUGGUACCUGCGAUUUCUUUGGCAUAUGAAACUGCUGAAAGUGAUAUCAUGAAGAGGCAGCCCAGAAACCCCAAAACAGACAAGCUGGUGAACGAAAGACUCAUCAGUAUGGCAUAUGGCCAGAUUGGAAUGAUGCAAGCGGCUGCAGGUUUCUUCACCUAUUUCGUGAUCCUUGCUGAGAAUGGAUUCCUUCCUUCAUACCUGUUUGGCCUACGUAUUGACUGGGAUGAUAAGUAUCUCAAUGACCUGGAGGACAGCUAUGGCCAGGAAUGGACCUACGAGAGCAGAAAAAUUGUAGAGUACACAUGCCACACCGCAUUCUUUGUCAGUAUUGUGAUAGUGCAGUGGGCCGACUUGAUCAUCUGUAAGACCAGGAUGAAUUCUAUUGUACAACAAAAAAUGAAAAACAAAAUUCUCAUAUUUGGUCUUUUUGAAGAGACAGCUUUGGCUUCUUUUCUGUCAUACUGCCCAGGCAUGGAUGUUGCCAUCAGAAUGUAUCCACUUAAACCUUGGUGGUGGGUAUGUGCCUUACCGUAUGCCUUCAUCAUCUUUAUCUAUGAUGAAGCUAGAAGAUACAUCCUUAGGCGGAACCCAGGAGGCUGGGUGGAAAAGGAAACAUAUUACUAAUCCUAGGAGAAAAUCUUGCUCCAAAGACAUCUAUGAACAUAUUGUUUGUGUGAAGUAAGAUUACUUAUUAAUGUAUCUGUUGUUGUUUCACUAUGAGACAAACUGUAAUACCUAUUAUUGGCAGGAACUGGGGAUGAAUAAAGAUGAAUGAUGAACUAUUAGGUAUGAUUUGAUGAUGAAUAAAACCAAUAAUACUACAAAACUGA